GUAUUAUUAUUGUUAUAAUGCUUUUCAUGUGCAGAGGGGGUAUUUUUGUUUUUAUAAUGAUACCAGUAAACUAGUUAUGUGGUGGGGUGCUGAUAAUUCAUCAAAUCAUUGCCUUUAUAUCAAAGUUUUUCUCUCGUUUAUGUGCAGUCAGGGUAAUUCAUCAAAUCAUAUAUUACUCUAUAUUAAUGUUUCACCCAAACAUGCUCAAAAGUAGUUUGGCCUAGUGAGCAAAACAAUUAUAAUACCAGGGCUAACUGUUAUAAUAAAUGCUCUCUACAACUUAAUAGAAGUAAAUAAUGGUAUGAAGCUUGUUUUUGCUACUGCUCUCCUCUCCAGUCCAGGAGGGGGCGGUAAUGUUCCUAUAUGCUGGUAAAAGACAGAAGUAACGUUAGACAUGGUGGGAUUAUAAGGGCAUACAUGCAAGUACUUAACGUUAACUAACAAGUCGUCAAAAUCGGGCUUCAUCAACUGACUGUUCCAACCCCUCAUAUUGUUAAGGGAAACACAAUGCUAUAGCCAGCUGAGGAGUGAUUUUGUCCGGCUCGUUUUCUGUAAUCUGCACUAACGUUGGAAGCAGCUAGCUAGCUGGUUAGCCAUCUGCGGCUCCAGCUUCAAGUUACGCCCCUCGCUCGUGGUCACUUUUUCUCCACUGUCAGAAUGAAAUAGCUGUUAAACGCAAUGAGGUCGCCCUUCAAUUUACACAACAAGUAACAGAGGACGAACGAAGCACACUGCGCCGGGAUAACGUUAAGCAUUUUGGCUACAGCCACAUCCAGGCGAAUUGUUUCGACGUUAGCCGCAAAUAAUGUGACGUUGCGUUGGUAAUAGCGACGGCUAGCUAACUGUUAGCAGCAACAACAUUGAGGGACUGCGUUAGGAACGAAACUCUGGUUUGUUUUCUUAUUUACAAAUGCGAGCAAGCCGAGAGUGCAUGUGAGAGCGGCGGCUAAAGCAAUGACGUCUGUGGAAACGACGACGUCUCCUGAAGCGCCAGGCCCGAGCACCCGAAGCCCGCGGCAGAGGCUCCAGAAGCUGCUCGCUGUACCGGGACACGAGCCGAGCCGAGUGAACGACCUGCUGCUCCUCCGGCCCGACGCGCACGGCCACGCCGAGGACAGCGGAUACAGGCAUGUUGUGUUUUUCCACGGGGACAUCCAGAACUUCGAGGAGGAGAUGGCGCUGCAGCCCGAAGGAGCCCAGUGGCUCUCCUGGAGCCUGGAGCAGGUCGCCCUCUCCCUCGGCCGGCGUUACCCGGACCGGCACAUUUGGGUGGUGCGAGCCUCUCGCAUGUAUCUCCACAAGUUCAGCAGCUACCACAACUUUGUGGAGAGCAACAUGUUCGGGGCCCCGGAGCACUCGCCGUACUCCGCUGACUCCGGUGCGUUUCUCCACCUCAGGGCCCUGCUGAGCCACGGCAUGGAGCGAGCCAACGUCCCCGACCCUCCCCAACCGCAGGGAGGCGCCCACAGCCUGACGCUGGUGGGCUUCAGCAAAGGCUGUGUGGUGCUGAACCAGAUGGUGCAUGAGCUGGCCGGGGCCCGAGCAGACCUGCAGAUGUCGCUCUUCGUGGAGGCCGUGUCAGACAUGUACUGGCUGGACGGCGGGCACCCGGGAGGCAGCGAGACCUGGGUGACCGACAAGCAGCUGCUGAAGGAGCUGGCCUCCAGCGGGGUGUCGGUCCACGCCCACGUGACCCCUUACGAGGUGAGCGACCCGAUGCGGCCCUGGGUGGGCCGCGAGCACGGACACUUUAUCAAGUGCCUGGAGGAGUUCGGGGCCAGGCUGAAUAAGAAGCUGCACUUUGAGGAUGAGCCCGCCUCCAUCGAGAACCACUUCAGGAUCAUCCAGGAGUUUUGAGCUCGUCCGAGAGCACUUACAGGCCGUUUGAGUGUCCUUCCUGCUGAGCAUGUGACUUGUGUGUUCUUCCUUUAACCUUGGAAUGAUUGGGGGUCAUGUAGAAACAUGAGGGUGUAUACUUAUGUGACUUAUGUUUAGACAUUUCUUUUAUGGUUUGAUAUGGAACCUUAAAAGGUGCAAUAAGAUAAGACCAGAAUUUUAGGUUCAACCACUCUACAGAUUGUCAUAAACAUCUUUAAAAGGGGAACCCAACCGCUCUGAUUGGGCUUCCAUUCCACAGCAGUUGCCCAACUUGAUUUGUUUAAUGGUCUUAAAUAAAAAAGAAAACAUUC